AUGUUGGGUUACAACAAACGAGGCAGUCCAACAGGGUCAGUUCGUUCGUCCGCCGGCCAGUCCGUCAGGGAGUCAAAAGUCCAGUCAAUAAGCGAGACAGACGGGAUGAGGAAGUGGCAAUACAGCAGAGUGGAUGGAAGAACAAAAAAAUUACUAGAUAAAGAAAGACAAGAAAAACAAAAGAAGGGUGGUAUUCUAAGAAGACGGGCGGCUAAAAAGAUAGCGGAGGUAGAGAGGAGAGAGAGAGUGUGGAGAGUGGAGAGAGGAGAGAAGUGGUUGAGGUCGCGGGCGGUGGAUGAGGCUGUGGGGAGCGUGCGGUUAGGCGGGUGGUUCAUCGAGAAGCAGAUUUGCACCACAGUCGGGGGGAGCCAGCGACCAGAUGACUGGUACAGUACAUAUAUCCACCAACCCAGGGUUCCCAGAAAAGUUACGGGAUGUUGA